CAUAACUGUGGCCUUGGCCCCAGUCCCCCUGACCUCCGGACUUCAGACCAGAUACUGCCCAUAUCCCCUUGUGGGGUCUUGGUCAAGCAACCCCUAGGUUGUACGUUUUCUCGCUAAUCAUUAAAGAGGCGGUGCUAAGCUGCAGACGGACUUCCGACUCAGCCAAUGGUGUAAGCCAGGCAGGGGGUGGUGUCCAAUAAGCUCGAGAGGAGGCGGGUUCUGGAAGGAAGCCAAUAGCUUGUGAAGGCGAGUCUAGCAGCAACCAAUAGCCAUGAGGGAGAGGCGGGACUCCGAGUGAAGUCAAUCGCUGGAGGGGUCUGGCGCAGCUACAGCCAAUGACUUUUGGCGGAGGCGUUCCCCAACCCUGGCCUCUCCCAUGACCCCGGUCCGGGGCUAUGGCCGGGACUGGGCUGCUGGCGCUGCGGACGCUGCCAGGGCCCAGCUGGGUGCGAGGCUCGGGCCCUUCCGUGCUGAACCGCCUGCGGGACGCGGCCGUGGUGCAGCCUGGCUUCCUGAGCACGGCCGAGGAGGAGACGCUGAGCCAAGAACUGGAGCCCGAGCUGCGCCGCCGCCGCUACGAAUACGAUCACUGGGACGCGGCCAUCCACGGCUUCCGAGAGACAGAGAAGUCGCGCUGGUCAGAAGCCAGCCGGGCCAUCCUGCAGCGCGUGCAGGCGGCUGCCUUUGGCCCCGGCCAGACCCUGCUCUCCUCCGUGCACGUGCUGGACCUGGAAGCCCGCGGCUACAUCAAGCCCCACGUGGACAGCAUCAAGUUCUGCGGGGCCACCAUCGCCGGCCUGUCUCUCCUGUCUCCCAGCGUUAUGCGGCUGGUGCACACCCAGGAGCCGGAGGAGUGGCUGGAACUCUUGCUGGAGCCGGGCUCCCUCUACAUCCUUAGGGGCUCAGCCCGUUAUGACUUCUCCCAUGAGAUCCUUCGGGACGAAGAGUCCUUCUUUGGGGGGCGCCGGAUUCCCCGGGGCCGGCGCAUCUCUGUGAUCUGCCGCUCCCUCCCUGAGGGCAUGGGGCCAGGGGAGUCUGGACAGCCGCCCGCAGCCUGCUGACCCCCAGCUUUCUACAGACACUGGAUUUGUGAAUAAAGUUGGGGAAUGGACAGCCUAACUGGGACAUUGCAGUGGCUGCUUGCUGGGGCCGGGAUCUGCAGGGGAACCCAGGAUGUCACUGGCCCACAGGGAGCUCCAGGUGUGGCUGGCUGGACACACGGUCAAGGUCACACGGCCGGGAGAGUGGUGUCCUUUAUUGCAUUCAUUGCUGGUCGCCCCCGCCCACUCCCAUCCUUGUUGUCUCUGCAUCCAGGUCUCCAAUAAAUAAGUCAGCCGA